AUGCCCGGUUGGGAGGUCGUUGCGGCCGCUUGUCGUAGAUUCCACUACCCCGGGCGCCAAGACGACCCAUUCGCCAACGAACUUCUUAUCCUGCCUACAUCUUUCGUCGGGCUCGGUGCUGAGCCGGUUUUGGACAAGACAGAGGAAUUUACAUGCCACGACGAGAACAUAUAUUGUCCCUCGUCCGAAUUAAUGCUCACGACGAUUAUACGUACGAUCUUGAGGCACCCAGAUGCGGAGAGCGUGUUGUCGUUGAUGAGGGCGUGGAUGUCGUAUUUUCAGUUGUAUGCUGGGUUUGAUGAGGCUUCGUUGGAUGGCAGUGCGGAUGAUGAGGUGAGGGAGUUUUGGCAGGCGGAGGUGAAAAAGAUGAAAGAUACCUGA